AUGUCAUUUGGUUUUAGUACUGGGGACAUUCUAGCAGUCUCGAAGCUUGCGCAUGAUAUCUGGGUCCGAGGUCUCUAUAUUGUCCUUGAUGAUGCUGCCCAAAGCCUACCUGGACCAAAGCUCGACCAAAAGCAGAUGUCUCGUCUGGCAUCCUUGGUACAAGCCUGUCAGGGUGUCCAUGAUGAUACGAACGCUGUACUCGAGGAGUUUGAGAGUCUUGGUGUAAAGUCAUCAAGUCUAAAGGUUAUGACGCAGAAGGCACGGAAGAAGAUUACUUGGGAUGAGGAAGGUACCGAAGUUCUUCGAGGUCGCAUCAUCUCGAAUACCAUGUUUCUCAAUGCCUUCUCUAAAAUGGACUUCUCCAUUGAAUUUCUCCUCGCAGAAAAGUGCAAUCCUGGGUCAACGACAAGAAGGAACAGAGAAAUGGCUGCUUGA